AUGUUAAUGUCAGGAAAGCAGUUUAAGAUCUUGAACAGGAAGGUGAAUUCUUUACUUCAAUUGCAAGCUGAUGUUGGUGGUAAGAAUUCAGUAUCGGCUCUUGAUGUAGAUGUUAUGUUACAAGAUCAAGAGCAUCAGAUUUUGGAUAAGCUUAAUCACAUGGAAGAGCCUACUGAUUUAAGAAUCAAAUUUCAACUUAACUCUUUUAAUACCGCCAUUCGUGAUUUGAAAGAAACUGCCAAGUCUCAUCAUAUUCUGUUCGUUAAAGAUAUGGAGACAGUUUGUGAGAAUAUCAAUCUUAAAGUUCAAGAAUUGAAAGAAGACAUGACGAAGGAUAUAGUUGCUUUAGAUCACAAUUAUUUUACUCUUCACAAUAAGGUAGAUAUAAUUGUUGGUGCUAUGGCCAAAGAAGUUGAGCUGUAUACUUCCUUGGGGCUGAAACUGGAUUCAAAAUCAGAGGUUGAUGCUAGUAGUUUUGGGAGUGUUGAAACUUUACUUCAGUUCUUGAUACCACUAUUUCAUCACCUCUAUACAUUGUUCCUAAUACCUCUCAAAAACUUUCGAUUUCUCAUUCUCCUACUUUUUGUCAACAUUAUCCAACAACCGAUUACUACCUUGUUUCGUUCUCAAUCCAUUGAAGAACCACAAUUUGUUAAUGAUGAUGAUAUGGAUGGUGGUGGAUUUAUGGGUUCUUUUUCUGAGAUUCAAUUCAAUUCUGAGUAUGAAAACAUUCCCGAUCAUAUGUUAAUGUCAGGAAAGCAGUUUAAGAUCCUGAACAGGAAGGUGAAUUCUUUACUUCAAUUGCAAGCUAAUGUUGGUGGUAAGAAUUUAGUAUCUGCUCUUGAUGUAGAUGUUAUGUUGCAAGAUCAAGAGCAUCAGAUGUUGGAUAAGCUUAAUCACAUGGAAGAGCCUGCUGAUUUAAGAGUUAAAUCUCAACUUAUUUCUUUUAAUACUGCCAUUCCUGAAUUGAAAGAAACUGCCAAGUCUCUUCAUAUUCUGUUCGUUAAAGAUGUGGAGACAGUUCGUGAGAAUAUCAAUCUUAAAGUUCAAGAAUUGAAAGAAUACAUGAUGAAGGAUAUAGCUGCUUUAGAUCACAAUUAUUCUACUCUUCACAAUAAGGUAGAUAUAAUUGCUGGUGUUGUGGCCAAAGAAGUUGAGUUGUAUACUUCCUUGGGGCUGAAACUUGAUUCAAAAUCAGAGGUUGAUGCUAGUAGUUUUGGGAGUGUUGAAACUUUACUAGAAGAGUUAAAGGAUAUUGUAUCAAAAGUCAACAAUUCAAAAAGAAUUGGCUCGACUUGCGAAAUUUGUAAAUUUUAUGCCAACAAAUGCCCCACCUGUAAGCACAACGGUGCAAGGGGAGAAAGACGAAAUGUUAGCAAUGGGAGUGGAAGUAAAGGAAAAGGGGGUUCUGGAAAUGUUGUUGGUGAUGCGAGAGUGGUUGGUAGAGUCUUGACUACUCAGAUUCCCACUUCUCUACCAAAAACUCCGAUUGUUACUUCAUCAACAAUAGCAACAACAAGGCCUAUCACAAAGGGCAUUGUUAUUAGAACUGCUGGAGGAGAGUCGAGUUCAUCAAAGCCAAAUCCAAGUUAA